UUUUUAUGCUACUUUUUACUUACCUUACUCCUUAACCAGCCUCUUUUAUCAUUUCAACGACAUUUACACGUUCCCAUCUGUAAUGGUCUCUCCUUUUCUUAGUUAUAUGCAAUUAUUAUUUCAAUCCAAACUAACCUGUUUGUUUCAACCCUCUAGUUAUCCUGCAGGGUGUUGUAACAUGCACUCAUAAGUGAUAAGCAUUUUUUUUCAAAUGCUAUCUGCUGAUUCUACUCAUCUUGCUCUGAUUUUUUCAAGUUGUGUAUUCAUUUCGAUUAGUUUGAACAUGGUACCAUUAGGGUUAUCGCUGUCAGUUCCAUUCGGAUUCAAUUGAGUCUUAAGGCUGCAUAGAUGCUGUUAUUCCAAAAUACCCCUCAUUGUUCAAGUCAAAGCUGUCCAAAUGAGGAUGUCCAAAAUUUCCUCGUGGCUUUCAGGUUAUCGUCCUUGGAUGGUUGUUUGUGCAACAACCUUGGUAUUGCUUGGAGGUUUGUCAAGAUCAAACAAUCAAUAUGAAAUUUCUGUUACUACCUCUAAGUUUCAGAAACCAGUGAGACUCCCAUAUAAAGGGUAUGGCUAUCCUCCUGUUCUUGCUUAUUGGAUUUGUGGCACCAAUGGAGAUAGUAAGAAAAUUUUAAGGUUGCUGAAGGCAAUAUAUCAUCCAAGAAACCAGUACUUGUUGCAACUUGAUGCUGGUUCAUCUGAAUAUGAAAGGGCAGAAUUGGCUGUUUCUGUUGAAUCAGAAAGUGUGUUCCAAGCAUUUGGAAAUGUUAAUGUUGGGGGAAAAAGCUAUGCAGUUAACAGGAUGGGAUCUUCAGCUCUUGCUGCAACACUUCAUGCUGCUGCCUUGCUUCUCAAGAUAAAUACAGAUUGGGAUUGGUUCAUAACUUUAAGCGCCUCUGAUUAUCCCCUAAUGAGUCAAGAUGAUCUCCUCCAUGCUUUUACUUUCUUGCCAAGGGAUCUCAACUUUAUUGAUUAUACUAGUAAUGCAGGCUGGAAAGAGAGGGAAGAGAUUAAUCGAAUCGUUGUAGAUCCCAACUUAUAUUAUCAGAGGAAUACUCCAAUUUACUAUGCUGUAGAAACUAGAAAACCAGACGCUUUCAAGAUUUUUGGAGGUUCACCAUGGGUGAUUGUCUCAAGAUUCUUCAUGGAGUAUUGUGUCCAAGGAUGGGAUAACAUUCCAAGAAAGUUAUUGAUGUACUUCACCAAUGUUGCUUACCCUCUUGAAACCUACUUCCACACAGUAAUAUGCAGCUCGCCUGAGUUCCAAAACACAACAUUGGACAAUGAUCUAAGGUACAUUAUUUGGAGAACCCCUAGGCAAGGGGAACCGGAAAAUCUAAGCACAUCGCACUAUGAUGAAAUGGUAGCUAGUGCAGCAGCUUUUGCACAACCAAUAGGUGAAGGUGAUCCACUGCUAAACAAGAUCGAUGAAGAUGUCCUAAACCGCCUACCCCAUAAAAUAGUGCCUGGAAGCUGGGCCAUUUGUCAAGGUAGGAACGAGAGCAUGAGAGGUGAGGAGUUAUGUUCUACUUGGGGAGACAUUGAUGCUGUAAAGCCAGGUCCCAAAGGUAUCAAGCUUGCUGCUCUGCUCUCCAAGCUUGUUGCAGAAAGGAGACUUCCACCUAGUCAGUGCCAUUAGCAGCAACAAUAGAUUAGAGCAAAAAAAAAGAAAGGAAAGAAACUUGGCCUAUUCCAUUUUUAAGUCAAUAUGGGCCGCGUGAUAGCAUCAGGGAUUGUUCAUUUCCCAGCACAUUGGCAGCUCUUGAUGGCCAAAUAUCUGUAAUUACACCUCAGCGAAUUGUCAAAUCAACAGGACAGAAUACCUCCUGAUCUUUCGCUUUCUUGAGUAGCACACAAUGUGCAUGAGUUAUCAAUUAGUUACUAGGCCAAUAUCAAAGGAAACAAGGAGGGGUAUAUGUCAUAAUUAUUAUACUUUCAGAGGCUC